CUCUGUUCAGUUGUUCUUAUCUACAUCCUAGAAUCAGGGGUUUCAGCUCACUGCUCCUUUUCUUUCUUUCUUUUUUUUUUUUUGUUUUUGUUUUUGUUUCUCUCCCCAUCCCCCUAAAAUAAUUGAUUUACUUUACAAUCAUCCACAUUGUGUUUUGUGGAUCUUUAAAAAUAUAAAACAAUAGUAGUCAUCUAAAAAUAUAUUCUGAAACCUUUGCAAAUUUUAAGAGAAGAGUCGAAGCUCUGCGAGACCCAAUAUUUGCCAAUAAGAAUGGUUAUGGGAGAUCACACUUGCUGUGUUAGCUCCGCACUUCCUGCCGCACCUUUCUGAGGGGGCCCUGGAAAAUCCCCUUGAAGUGCAUUUGGUCAAUGUACCUGCUCCUGGGUCCACAGAAAGGAAGGAGCGGUCCAGAUGGAGGGUGGACCAAGAACAGCCCCUGCUCUUCCACCCCGGCAACCCUGCAAAGCAGAUAGAAUUGUUCAAAUUUUUCAGAUAAUUAGCACCAUGGAGCCUCAGGUGUCAAAUGGCCCGACAUCCAAUACAAGCAAUGGACCCUCCAGCAACAAUAGAAACUGUCCUUCUCCCAUGCAGACAGGGGCAGCCACAGAUGACAGCAAAACCAACCUCAUAGUCAACUAUUUACCCCAGAAUAUGACCCAAGAGGAAUUCAGGAGUCUCUUUGGGAGCAUUGGUGAAAUAGAAUCCUGCAAACUCGUGAGAGACAAAAUUACAGGACAGAGUUUAGGGUAUGGAUUCGUUAACUAUAUUGAUCCAAAGGAUGCAGAGAAAGCCAUCAACACUUUAAAUGGACUCAGACUCCAGACCAAAACCAUAAAGGUCUCCUAUGCCCGCCCGAGCUCUGCCUCAAUCAGGGAUGCUAACCUCUAUGUUAGCGGCCUUCCCAAAACCAUGACCCAGAAGGAACUGGAGCAGCUUUUCUCGCAAUAUGGCCGUAUCAUCACCUCACGGAUCCUGGUUGAUCAAGUCACAGGAGUGUCCAGAGGGGUGGGAUUCAUCCGCUUUGAUAAAAGGAUCGAGGCAGAAGAAGCCAUCAAAGGGCUGAAUGGCCAGAAGCCCAGCGGUGCUACAGAACCGAUUACUGUGAAGUUUGCCAACAACCCCAGCCAGAAGUCCAGCCAGGCCCUGCUGUCCCAGCUCUACCAGUCCCCCAACAGGCGCUACCCUGGCCCGCUUCACCACCAGGCCCAGAGGUUCAGGCUGGACAAUUUGCUUAAUAUGGCCUAUGGCGUAAAGAGACUGAUGUCUGGACCAGUCCCCCCUUCUGCUUGUCCCCCCAGGUUCUCCCCAAUCACCAUUGAUGGGAUGACAAGUCUUGUGGGAAUGAACAUCCCUGGUCACACAGGAACAGGCUGGUGCAUCUUUGUCUACAACCUCUCCCCCGAUUCCGAUGAGAGUGUCCUCUGGCAGCUCUUUGGUCCCUUUGGCGCAGUGAACAACGUCAAGGUCAUCCGCGACUUCAACACCAACAAGUGCAAGGGAUUCGGUUUUGUCACCAUGACCAACUAUGACGAGGCCGCCAUGGCCAUCGCCAGCCUCAACGGGUACCGCCUGGGAGACCGAGUCUUGCAAGUUUCCUUUAAAACCAACAAAGCCCACAAAUCCUGAAUUUCCCAUCCUUAAUUAUUAAAAAAAUAUAUAUAUAUAAGUAUAUACGAACAAAACACAUGUGUGCACACACACACACACACACACACACACACACACACACGAGAGAGAGAGAGAGAGAAACAAACCUUUCAAGGCUUAUAUUCAACCAUGGACUUUAUAAGCCAGUGUUGCCUAAGUAUUAAAACAUUGGAUUAUCCUGAGGUGUACCAGGAAAGGAUUUUAUAAUGCUUAGAAAAAAAA